UAUUAUAUUAAAAAUACUCCGUAGUACUUCCAAAUUCAAUCUGUUCUUUAACCUGCCCCUCCGCUCCGCCUCCCGCCCGCGCGGCUUUUUCUCCAUAUUUUCUAAGUGCCGCUUCGUACUUACUUAGAACUUCCUCCCCCCCACUUGGUCAACCAACUUCUUUCCCUUGAGCCUCUUUCUUUUCCUACUUUCGUUCUUUUUUCCAGAUCAAUUAUUCCGCGUUGGGGAACUUUUCUGAGAUACCCUAUAUAACCCUUUGCUUUUCGGGAGUGAUUCUUCUUUUGUGUGGAAAAUAUGGCGACCAACAUCACCUACCACGCCGCAGCCGUCACCCGUCCUGAGCGCUGUGCGCUCCGUAAGCAGCGCGGUCUGACCAUCUGGCUGACCGGUCUGUCUGCAUCCGGCAAGUCGACUAUCGCCGUCGAGCUCGAGCACCAGCUGCUGCAGCGUGGUGUCGGCGCGUACCGUCUGGAUGGCGACAACAUCCGAUUCGGCCUGAACAAGGACCUGGGUUUCAGCGAGAAGGACCGCAACGAGAACAUCCGUCGUAUCGCUGAGGUCGCGAAGUUGUUCGCUGAUAGUGCGACUGUCGCUAUUACUUCGUUCAUCUCCCCGUACCGAGCGGACCGUGACACUGCGCGUCAGCUGCAUGAGGUCCCUACUCCCGGUGAGGAGACGGGACUGCCUUUCGUUGAGGUCUACGUUGAUGUUCCUGUCGAAGUCGCUGAGAAGCGCGACCCCAAGGGUCUGUACAAGAAGGCUCGCGAGGGUAUCAUUAAGGAGUUCACCGGUAUCAGUGCCCCGUAUGAGGCGCCGCUGAAGCCCGAGGUUCACAUCGUCAACAACGACAUCUCGGUACAGCAGGCCGUGAAGCAGAUCAUCGAUUACCUUGAAGAGAAGGACUAUCUGCCCAAGCAGCAGUAAAUCUCUGGCUUAAACAGACGGACGUGACUUGCUUUGUGUUGUCAUUGUUGAGGAUAGCGAGGACUUGCAUAGGAAUGGGCCCAGGCUGCGGAUAUAGAAUAGCGCCCCAUUGCACAUAGAGCACCUCUCGAAUCCUCAGUAUAUACCUUGUUUAGAGCGACGACAUGCUAAAUGAUGAAACGUCUGAAGGGACAACGUCGAUCGACUUGACCAUUGCAGACACAACAGAGUAUUUUAUUGGAAAC